ACUUUGACCCCUCAAUACAUGGUGCAGCAACUUUACAACUGGUUCAAGAAUAGUGUGGGACGGAAUCGCAGGAAGGCUGAGGGCAAGCCGAGAUCGUCUCGGAAGACGCCAGAGAAAGACAUGCCCAUUCAAGUUGCACGAACACCUGCCCACGACCCUUGGAUGGAUACCAGCCCUACCAUCAGUAUUGAGCGUGAUUUCACGCUCUCAGAUAACACCCUAACAUCUUCUCCGACGAUGACCAACACCUACUCGCACCACGAUAGCCCGGCUGCUGUAACGCCAUCCCCUACGGUGACUGCUCGGCUACCCAUUCAUGUGCAAUAUCCUAUCGCGAGCACCUUGGCAAAUGCAUUACAGCGUUCUCCGUCUUCUCCGCCAUGUUUGCCCCAGGCGCCUGCUCUCCUUCCGCCAGCAUUGCCAGUGAUUGUGACUAUCGCAUCACUGACAGAGGCUUUCCUGAGCAAUAUCGAUGUCGCCCUUCUUGCCUCGCAAAUGCAGGUGCUGGCAUUGGCAGAGCCGCCGCCCUUGACCUUACAGCCUGUUAUAUUCGCGUUGUUCCAGGCCACAUCCUCCGAGUGGGACAGAAGCAACACACCACCCAACACUCUGCUGACACGCUUCCUCGGAGCUGUGCGGUACUUCACCUCGGCCGUAUGUCACGCAGGAGCGACUGGACCACUUGCUGGUGCGCUUGCCCUCCAAAUGCAGAUACGCAAGUCGGCCAGGUGGACGUCCACUGCUGCACGAAGUCACACGGAGGCCAACCCCGCGUCUUCCAUGUCCCUUGAGCUCCAUCGCAUCACGGCGGAUCGCGCACGGCGUAAAGAUCACAUGCAGUGGGCGAGGAUCCACAGUUCUGCCAUCGAAACAGGCGUGUUUGCGUUAGGCUGUGACAUGAGCUCCCCGCCUAACAUACACGACUACACCAAAAGUCGUGUUUUCAGCGACCUCUUUGUUCAGGAUGCGAUCUGGGAGGAGGAUGAAGUCGAAUGGGUCGCGGGAUCAUUCGUUCUGAGGUCCCUCAUCAGAACUGCCAUGCGCGGUGAUGCUGUCAUCCGACGGCAUUAUGAAGAACUGCUGGUUCACUACGAAAACAGAUGGAAGGUUAUGAAGGAUGAAACCAGACAAGCGUUUGUGACCGAAGCACUGCUGUCAGCCAAGGCGCACUUGGCUAGUCUGGCAGCGCCGUAAUCUCCAAGGCAUUAUCUGGACUGUUUCUUGACCCGGACGGUUAUAUCCCCCUCUCGGGCGCCCAUGCUUGGCGCCACGCGACCAUCCAUUCCGUCGUCAUCCAGCGCGAAAUUCAUCGGGUGGCGUGCAUCUCACCAGUUCUUGCGCUCGGAGACGAGGUUCUGGCCUGCACGAACACGGCGUCUGGACUACGAAGGGCUCGGCGCGGACCGAUCGCGAAGGUCACGCUAGCACGUGAACGUGACACCACGCACCACUAGCAUCCCUGUCCGGUUGCGACUCGUUUCGGCUAUCUCUGUUUCCCUUGGACUAGUACAUAAGAUCUGCUUUGCGAGAAUAACGCAGCAGACUAGUCACACUAGAUGGAGAUGCAGUAAGACCCGCCUUCCGAAUUGACGUCCGAUCAUGUCAUCAUCCCUCCCCGAGGUUGACAAUACAUAUACGCAUUGAAACAGCUUUGACGAAAUAU